AUGUUUGCCUUUGAAACGAUCAACAACAACUCAUUCUACAACUACAUCUGGAACAACAACUACAACCCCAACAUCAACACCACCAACUCAUUCUACAACUACAACAAAAACAUUAACUACAACUCCAAGAUCUACAACAACACAUUCUACAACUAUAUCUGGAACACCAACUACAACUAUAACCCCAGCAUCAACAACACCAACUCAUUCUACAACUACAACACAAACACCAACUACAACCCCAGGAUCAACACCAACUCAUUCUACAACUACAUCUGGAACACCAACUACAACCCUCAAAUCUACACCAACUCAUUCUACAACUAUAUCUGGAACACCAACUACAACGCCGACAUCAACAAUACCAACUCAUUCUACAACUACAACAAAAACAUCAACUACAACCCCAGGAUCAACAACAACUCAUUCUACUACUACAUCUGGAACACCAACUACAACGCCGACAUCAACAAUACCAACUCAUUCUACAACUACAACAAAAACAUCAACUACAACCCCAGGAUCAACAACAACUCAUUCUACUACUACAUCUGGAACACCAACUACAACCCCAAAGUCUACAACAACUCAUUCUACAACUACAGCACAAACACCAACUACAAUCCCAGCAUCAACCACAACUCAUUCUACAACCACAUCUGGAACACCAACACCAACUACAACCCCAACAUCAACAACACCAACUCAUUCCACAACUACAUCUGGAACAUCAACUACCAUACCUUCCCCCUGCAGUGGUGUGCCGGUAUGAAUAAAAACCCAGUUUACAUUUUGUGCCAGUAUAAACACAUUCUGUUUCAGGUCAAUACGUUUUGGGAUUUUUGCAACUGCACUAGGGCUAAAUGCAUAGGCAACAACCAGUUUGAAAUAGUUCCAUAUGAAUGUCCGCCCAUUAAGAACAUUACCUGUAGUAAUGGAAAGAAACCCGUUCUAGUGUAUGACAAGUGCUGUCAAGUUUAUGCUUGUGACUGUGAAUGUGAAGGAUGGGAAGGUCAUUACAUUACAUUUGAUGGCUUCUAUUACACUCAUCAAGGACAGUGUACUUAUGUUUUAAUUGAAGAAAUUAAAAAAACUUAUAACUUAAGGAUCUACAUUGAUAAUUCAUUUUGUGACUCCACUGAAGAUGUUUCCUGUUCUUGAUCUAUAAUUAUUUCAUAUGGAUUGCAAGUUUUCAAAUUGACAAAUGAUAACCUCACUGGAAGAGUAGAUUUGGAGGCACUGAAAAAUGGAGAACGUCUGAAACUCCCUUAUUCACAACACAGCCUUAAAAUCAUAAAUUCAGGCUCUGAUUUGUUUUUGGAGAUCCCUCAACAAGAAGUGAUCAUUAAAUUUGAAAGAAGUGGCUUCAGAGUUACUCUUCCAUACUUUGGCAACAACACCCAGGGGCAUUGUGGAACAUGCAACAAUAACCAGGCUGAUGACUGCAUGUUGCCUAAUGGUCAGCUGGUGAAAAGUUGUGCAAUGAUGGCUGAGAACUGGCUUGCAAAAGACAUUGGCCAAAACAAAUGCACUGCAUCACUUAUAGUACCUACAAGUGAACCUAUACCAUGCAUGACAGACUCUAUGUGUGAGCUGCUUAAGAGCAGUCUCUUUGCAGAGUGCCAUCCUUUUAUCUCUCCAGAGAAUUUCUACAAAGGUUGCAUUUUUGAUAGCUGCUAUUUUAACAAAACAGAAGUGCUGUGCACAAGUUUGCAGACUUAUGCUGCAGCCUGUGCUCAGGCUGGAGUUUGCAUUUACUGGAGGAACCACAACAAAACUGAAAAGUGGUGUGCCAAUGACUGCCCAUCAAGCCAGAUUUACAUGCCUUGUGGUCCUGCAGAUCAGCCAGCCUGUGAUGACAGAUAAGACGAACCCUCCAUGAACGUCACUACUGAGGGCUGCUUUUGCCCCGAAGGAAUGAUACUUUUUAGCAAAAUGUCCAAGAAAUGUGUGAAAACAUGUGGAUGUCUAGAUCCUGAGGGCAAUCCUCGUGAGUUCAAUGAAAGAUUUGAACUCACAUGCCAGAACUGCACUUGUGAAGAGUCCACAAAGACUGUGACUUUUAAGCCUAAGGAGUGCCCAGAGCCAAACAUAACAAAAUGCUCUGGUGAUGAGUUUGUCCUUGUCAACCAAACUGAUCCAUCAGAUCCCUGCUGUUAUACCCCUGUUUGCCAAUGUAAACCUGGCAAUUGCACAGACAUAGUUGUGACCUGUUUAAUUGGAGAAAAGUCAGUUUUCAGUGUUCCUCCUGGAAAAUGCUGUCCAGAAGUUGAAUGUGUACCUAAAAAGGUUUGUGUUCACAAUGGCACUGAAUACCAGCCUGGUUCUUCAGUUCCUGGGUCUGUAUGUCAGGAUUGUACCUGUGUAGCUGAGCAAAAUUCUACUGCAGUCAAAAUAGUCUGUGAGGAUAAGCAAUGUAAAAAAAGUUGUGACAUGGGAUUUAAAUAUGUAAGAAAUGAUUCACAUGAGUGCUGCGGGAAGUGUGGACAGACACACUGUGUUGUCAGUGUUAAUGGAAACAACCAACUGCUGACUGAAGGAGAAAUCUGGUCACCACCCAGGAAUAAGUGUGAUGAGUACACUUGUGUUAAGAAUGGUGAGAUCUUAACAACGAGCAUUUCACACACUGUCUGCUCAGUAUUUAAUCAGAGCAACUGUGAACGGGGCACAAUUCAAACCACAGCAAAUGGCUGUUGUAAAAUUUGUGUGGAGAAAGAGAAAGCAUGCAAGUUAAUGCCCAUGAAAACCAAUAUUACAUACAAUAAAUGUCAGUCUGUCCAGGAGGUAGAUAUGCCGUAUUGUGAAGGAUCCUGCAACACUUACACUAGGUACUCUGAAGCUGCAGCAGCUAUGCAGUAUUCUUGAUCUUGCUGUAAGGAAAUGAAGUUCAGCAAUCGCACUGUUGACUUGCUCUGUCUGAAUGGAGACAGGGUCCCCUACACAUACGUCCAUGUGGAGCAGUGUGGUUGCACCCACACAGACUGCACCACAGCUGCUGGACAUGUGUGUGCCAUUGCCAGAAGUUUUGCACCCAGCAGUCUCAAGAGCAUAGAGGCAAUUCCAGGAGACAGGCAGUUACUCUGGGAGAGCUAA